AAAAGUAUUUAGCCAGACAUCCCACCUUCGUCUCUCCGCGCGUUCACAUCUCGAAACGUUUGGCCUAACCGUUGACGGCGGCUUGCGCUACUGCAUGAUUGACAGACGCGCCAUGGCACUUUUCGAGGCCACGGUACGGUACUUAUUAGUAUUACUAGUACUGCCUAGUGCCUACAUACUAUCAGUGCUAACUAGCGAAAGUCCUGAUAGGGCUGGACUUGUUCCCUGGACUGUUCUGGGAUUCGGGAACCAGCAAAUCACGGAAUGCGAGAGGUCACAUUGCAAUUGGAGAUUAUGCCGGAACUCGCAGGAGGCGGGCCGACGACAACCCCUUUGCCCGACUCGAAUGAAGACUGUCAGGACUUUCGUACUGUUGGUGCAAAAGCUCCGUCUUAGACCGCCUCGGUGCCCAUUGCCCAAGCUCCUUUCCGCGCCAGCAAACGAGCGUUGGAAGCCGAGGGCUGUGCCUGGUAGUGGCAAUCAGGUGUCCUGACUCCUGGUCCCUGGCGUUGAGGAGGAGGGGCCUGAAUCCUGGCCGAGAUGGAGCCAUACCCCUGCUGUCAAUGGAAGCUAUCAGUAUCCCCCGCCCUCCUAUUAUCGCAAAGUGGCAGACAAGAGGGUGCUUCACAAAACACGCAGCGCGGACAUGGCCUUAACAGUUCAGUUGCGAUCGUUCUGGAUUCUGGCGAGGAGAGGUGAAGAAACGGUUGACCACACGAGCGUGCGACAAGUUGGCCCAUGUCUUCUUGACUGGUAAUUAGA